UUGUGCGUCCUAACAACUAAGCGAAAUCGAAACGAUCCCCGAUAGAAAUGUGUAUUCCUGUAAGGAAUUGUUAUCGGUAUUCGUAUGGUUGACUGCAUUUUAAUGGCAACCCUGGGCAAAAUGCAAAUGCAUCAUCUCUCGAUCCCGGAAAACGCCGGUAGAACAGUGUCCGCCGGAAGAAAUCUUCGCCACGCCCCCGUUCGCGUGAUUACGCCCGUCAAAGUGCCCAUCUACGAGUUGCCGGAAUACGUCUGCGUGGAGACCAAGUGGGUGACAAGGAGAUACGCGAUGGAGAACGGUUUACCAGUGAAUGAACUCAAGGAUGCAAUGACCAAUGGUGGGGGUUCGCAUGUCGUGCCAAAGCCCGCACCGCAGGACAAGUUGAACGAAGCCACUGGGAUGUUUGCCAGUGAGGCGACAGCUCCUUGCCGAGAGCGAGCCAUUCAAACGGAGGAGCCGAGCACGAGGGAUGUGGGCAUCCAGUGUCGCCGGAAUUCGGUGGAGUGGAAUCUGCCCGAGGAUCAGCACAAGGGUAGUGCCAGCCAAACCCCUUCAUUCGACAGCCAGGAAGGAAGAUUCCUAACCUAUGUCAGCGAGAAGACCAGCAUGUUUCCCAACGGAAUGUUGGAGUGCCAGGUGUGCGGCGAAAUAGCUCACACUUUGCUGAAGCACCAGGCCCACAUGUCCGUGCACUUUGGCCCCAGUGUUCUGUGUUUCCGCUGUGGCCGGCAGUUGGACCACGAGAGCCUAAUGAGGCGACACAAACUCAGUUGUCCCGGCCUGGCGCCCAGAAAGUCCACAAUGCUCUUCAAGUGCCCGCAUCCACUUUGCAAUGCCAUGAGUCACUCGGAGAAGCAGUUGCUCCAGCACCUGAAAAACCACAGCGGCAGGAAUUGCUACCGAUGCCUUCAGUGCAGACGAUUUUUCAAGUCCACCACCUCCUUUCUGAUGCAUCGAGAAAAGGAGCAGCAGUGCUCCAAAGCGAAGCUGCUCACCCUCUUCCGAAAACACAACAAGCUGGCCAACGGGAAAUCAGAUCCCAGGCGAUGUACUGUUUGCUUGAAACGCUUUAGCUGCGAGAGGAUUUGCUUGAGGCACCGGAGAAAGUGCAUCCUCGCACACCACCAACGUCUUUCAAAGACAAUGCUUAAGGGACUAUGAGUAGCAUGUACAAUUGUUUGACCUAACUGGUAUUUAUUAGCAUAUAGAAAUCGAUAACAAUAAAGCGGGAUAAUCCUACGACGCCUGCACGCCGUGGGCUUUUUUUAAACCCUGGAA